UUUGGGCUUUUCCUUUCCGUCAGUCUGCACCGUGUCGUGAUGACUGGGGAGGCCAUCAUAAGAGCACUGGGCGACAGUUUGUUUUCAAACGAGCGGAGACGGGUGGAGUUCACUAAGUGCGUCACUAACAGGUGAGUUAUGUCGACCUUAGUACCCGGAAGGAAAAAGACAAAAAAGACAACAAGCGACUCCGGUUACAGCAGACAGAGCAAUGGAGCAGAGGAACCUGGCACAGGAUUUUGAGAAUCAGUUCAAUGAUGUGGUUUCCAGACUGCAGUCCAAGCAGUUCUUCCAGUCGGACUGGGACAUUGCCUCUUUUGCGCUGUUCUUCAUCUUCAUCGGUGUGGUUCUGCUACUGGUCAUCCUGGUCCUCAUCCGCUGUUGCUGCUGCUGCUGCUGUGAUGAGGAGAAGCCUCGAAGACGGAGGGUUGGAAUAGAGAACAUGGCUCUCGAGCGCUGACAGCUCAACUGCACUGAUUAAGUAUUGUGAAGGUCGAUGAAGCACCGAUCACCACUCUGUAACCACACUGAAUCUUCCUGCACAGAAUCAUUUGUCGGUCACCGGCUCUUUGCCACACACUUAUGGAAAUUUACCGCACGUGAUCUUGUCGAUGUGGGGCUUAUUGCUAGGAUACCACAGAGGAGCUGGAAAACCGUGUGUGUUUUUAAUGCCUCUGUAGAUUUCAAUGUCACUUCCUCUUCUUUUAUAUUCACUUUGAAGGUUUUACUAAAUAACAAAUACAUAAAAGCAAUAAAAAGUGUGAAUUUUGCUCUCCUUUUAUGUAUUUUCUUCUCAUCAUGCUGUGUUCAUUUUAUGGAGCUCUUUUCUCACCAAAGAGACACAGAGAUGUUUGUAGAGAACAGAGUACAGAAGUAGACAGAUGUGCUGGUGUUGUUCAGGACAGGAGACUCGGUCCCAGCUGGAUCACUAAGAGCUAUAAACUGCUCCCGCCCAAACACAUCUCCAUGUGACACACAGAUCACCAUUUGAAAGGCCCUUAUAAAGUCCCUCAUGUGAUUUCCUGCUCUGCAGAAAUGUGUCCCUUUUGUGGAUUCAGAACAGUUUUGUAAUAUUGUUCUGCCUGCUGCAGGUUGGUUUAAAAGCUCCGUAGUGUUGAUGCAAACCUGAGGUACAUGUCCAUGGAAAGUCUUUAAUGGUGAAUCGACAGAAAAAAGAUGUAAAACAUAUGAAUAACCAAAUAAUUAAUAAAGAAAUUAUUAAAACUCCA